GAGCGCGGCCGGCGGGCGCGCGGGAGGCAGGGCCGGGCCGAGCGAGCGCCGCGCGGCCACCAUGGCCACGGACGAGCUGGCCAGCAAGCUGAGCCGGCGGCUGCAGAUGGAGGGCGAGGCCGAGGGCGAGUCGGCCGACGCGGCGGAGGCGGCGGAGGCGGCCGAGGGGCCCGACGGGGCCGAGGGGGCCGAGGGGGCCGAGGCGCGGGGCGGCGCGGACGGGGAGCUGAGCGCCAAGCUGCUGCGCCGCGCCGACCUCAACCAGGGCAUCGGCGAGCCGCAGUCGCCCAGCCGCCGCGUCUUCAACCCCUACACCGAGUUCAAGGAGUUCUCCAGGAAGCAGAUCAAGGACAUGGAGAAGAUGUUCAAGCAGUAUGACGCCGGGCGGGACGGCUUCAUUGACCUCAUGGAACUGAAGCUCAUGAUGGAGAAACUCGGGGCCCCCCAGACCCACCUGGGCCUGAAGAACAUGAUCAAGGAGGUGGACGAGGACUUUGACAGCAAGCUCAGCUUCCGGGAGUUCCUCCUGAUCUUCCGCAAGGCCGCGGCCGGGGAGCUGCAGGAGGACAGCGGGCUGCACGUGCUGGCGCGCCUCUCCGAGAUCGACGUCUCCACCGAGGGAGUCAAGGGAGCCAAGAGCUUCUUCGAAGCCAAGGUGCAGGCCAUCAACGUGUCCAGCCGCUUUGAGGAGGAGAUCAAGGCGGAGCAGGAGGAAAGGAAGAAGCAGGCGGAGGAGAUGAAGCAGAGGAAGGCGGCCUUCCGGGAGCUGCAGUCCACCUUCAAGUAGGGAGGCCGGGCCUGCCCCGCCCCGCCCCGCCCCCACCCCGCCCGCCAUCGGCGGCUGAGCGAGGUCCUGGCCUCCCAUCUGCCAGGACCCGACCGCCACGGGGACCCUGAGUGGUGUGGAAUGGGGAGCUCUGCGAGGGGCCCUGUGAGCGGCCCGGGCCCUCGCCACCCCUCCCGAGCCGCCUCAGCCACAAGUGCAGGCCCUUCCCCCCCUCCCCCCUGCAGCUCACACCCCGCUGCCUGUCCCCGUCCAGCCCCGCGAUUUCUAUCCCCCCCGUCCUGUGUGCUCACCCCCCCCCCGCCCCUCCACCUGCCCUUAACCAGCAGGCCACCCUGCCUAAGACGGGGAGACAGGGGUGCCACCAGAGAGCAGGACCCAAGGGGCUGAUGGGAGAUGGGGGGGGUCCCCCAGGACCUUGGCCUCCAGCUCUGCCCCCUCUCCCAGGGAAAAGGAGCCGCCCCUGCCAGGCAGGGCGGGGGAGGGGGGCUGCCGUGCCAAUCUACCUCAUGGGCCCGCUCUGCGGGGCGGCCCUGGGGUCCUGGUGGGGGCGGCCGCUGGGGAGGGCAGGGUGGGGGAGAGAAGAACCCAGCUCUCGGCCUCCACUCCCCCCCCCCCCCCCCGCCCCGUGAGUCCGGGAAGUGCUUCGCCAGCGAGUCUCUUCACCCCCAGCCCCCUUCCGUGCCGUGUCCUGCCCCCCCCUCUCCAGGAAGCAUGGGACUCUGUGCCUGGCACCGGGUGGGGGGGGACGCCCCCGUGCUCGCUCGCGUGUGUCCGUGUUGCCCGUUGCUGUGUUGUGAAGCUGUGACACCCCCCCCCCCCCCCCGUGAGUGAGCGUCACGGGCCAGAGUCUCGCGACUUCCUGUGUGUGUCCUGACAGUGUCCCUGCCUGUGGAAUUGGGUAGCUCUUUAUUUGACUGCGCUGUCGCUAAGCCCCCGCCCUCCGCUGCUGGCCCCGGCCCCCCCCCCCAGCCCCCCGGCACCAGCAGAGGUUUUAUUUUUCUGGCGUAGAAGCUGACAGAGUGGGAGGGGCUGAGCCCAGCGCGGCAGCCUUUGGCUCCAUCGCAUCGGCCUUAGUAGAUGUGUUUAUACAGAUGAAUAUAAGAUUUCCUUUGGGCUUUUAUUAUUUCUUUUAUUUGCAUUUUCUUUCUUUCCUCCCUUCUCACCGCCCCCUGCCCCCUGCCCCCUAAACAAAGCUACUUCUUCAUUUGGUGGUACGAUUAUUUUUUUUAACUAAAAUAAGAUAAAAUUGUAUAUUCUUA